UUGCCACCAUUAAAGUGCAAUUAAUGUAUUGUUUAGUGUUGUGUAGUGGCUUUGCUGGCAUGCAUAAUUUUUUUUUAAUAUAAAAAAAAAUUGCCCCACCAAGAUGUACAUGCUAAAAUCACCACUGGCAAGGAAUGCCAGUUUUGCAUUUCUUUUCUCUCAUUAAUGGGAUGCAACUGAAGAAAUCUUAGCUCGAUUGAAUCUUGUAGGGUAAUAUUUUCCAUAUCCUUAUUUCUCUCUCGUUACAGAUUCCUCUCCAGCAUCUUUGAACAACAUGAUAUUGCAUUGACACUACCAUCUCACGGGAGAAUGACCGCAGCAGGUCAUCAGGAGGGUUCAGCCAAUCGUGAAGAAAAUGGACAACUUCAAAAAGGAGAUAGCCUUAAUGGCGCUGCCCAUGCUGUUUUGGACCCUAUAAUGGCACCUAUACAAAGAUGAGUCCUCCAAACUUGGAUGCCACUUGACUUCACUGUACUAGCACAGAGUACUCAAACUGUCUUUGGUACUAGCAUUUGAAUCCCGUGCAGCAUUCAUUCGGUUUGACUCCAAAUAUUUUAACACAGAAAAUCCAUGUGGAUGGAUUAAAUCAACCUCCAACGUUCAUUUGGUUGGCUAACAACAAUCACGCUCUAGUCUAGUUGGGUUUGUUUACGUUAGGUCCAUACGUCCAAUGCCUUAGCCAAUCACAAAUCGCAGAACAAAUAGGCGGGACUCAAAUCAACCAAUGGAUGCAACGAACGCCAUUCGUUUCCUACGGUCGUCACUAAUUACCACAAACAGAAAGUCAUAAACUCCGCCUAUUUCUACAAUGUAUAUUAUUAAAAUCAGAUUUUAAACCUAACCUUAACCACACUGCUAACUGUAUGCCUAACCCUAACUUUAAUUAUGACCAAAAAGCUCAUUUUUAUUUUCAUAAAAUUGUACGAUUUAGCACCUUUGUGGCUGUGGUAACUCGUGACAACCGUUUUCUACAGAGAGCAUCAACUGUUGAAUAGCAGUAGCACAAAACAAAAGGCACGGUAGUGAAUGAAGAGCCAUGUCUUCUGAGGAUCCCUUCCAGGACUCUCUAGAUGACGAUCUAGACUGCUUCUCAGAGCCUGGGAGAGGGAGCAGGAUACGCAGCAGUGUCUACACCAAAACCCCAGAGAUGGAGAGUAACUGUUAUGGAGACUAUGGAGCCACCGGCGGCAAAAGUCCCCUGAUGAAAACAUUGAUGGAUGCAGAAGCAGCGGCCAACUCUGCAGCCGUACAGCUCAUGUCGUUCAAAGAGAUCCUGGAGGAUGAUUUUGCCGACUCAAGACACUCUGCCUCUGAUAACCGGCGGAUGUCAAGGCAGAGAGGCCUUCUGCUGGAGAAGUUGGAGGUCUUUAAACGGAUUAACAAGUCUGUUCGACAGCAACUCCAAGACCUGCAGGAUGCAGAGGCAUCUCGAAUGGAGACAGACAAACACAUUGAUCUCUUACUAAAGAAGCUUACGCAGGCUGAGUGUGAUAAUCUGCAUUUGAAAAGAAAUUUGAACGAUAAAGACAAAAUGGUGGAUGAACUGAUGGGUAUGCGGAAGAAAGAAAUGGAGAACACCGAGAAUGCGGUCCAUGCCACCAAGUCUGUGGAGACCACACGUGCUCACCUGCAGGGCCAGCUACACAGCAAAGAGGCUGACAACAACCGUCUCACCGUGCAGCUCCGGGGUUUGGAGAGGCAGCUGACUGAGCAGAAGAUGGAGAUAGAUGGUCUGAGGGGGGAGAUCUCCAGUGUGUCUGAGAAGGCAGAACAGGAGAAAGAGGGCCUGAAGAAGGCCACCCGUGCCCAGAAACAGAGGGCCGAGAGGUUCGAAGCUGCUGUGGAUAAAUGUUACACUCAGCUGAGGGAGAAGGAUGUUCAGCUGGCGGAGGCUUGUUCAGAGAGGGACACGUGGAGGAGACAACAGGAGCAGAAGACAAACGCGAGAAUUCUGCUUGAUGCACAGAUAGGACUACUGAAAGGCCAAAUAGCCGACAUUACUGCAAAGCUACAGAAGGAGAGUGACGAAUUCACAGCUGCAAACGAGGUCUUACUGCUAAAAGUGGAAAAACUCUACGCUGAAAACGGAGACAUUGGCCUUGAGAACGCAACCCUCAAGGCGUCCAUCGUUGAGUUGGAGCUGCAGCUGGUCCAUUCUAAAGCGGCGCUGAAAGAGGAGAGCGCCGUCUCACAGGAGAGGAAAGACCAAGCAGAACAGCAUCAGAGUCAGGUGGCAGAGCUUCAACUGGAGGUGGAGGAUCUGAAGAUGAAGUUGGAUGGUUUUCUGAGGGAAGCAGAGAACACCAGAGAAGGAAGAGAUGCGGAAGUGAAGAAGGUGAGGUUGGAGCUGGAGGGGCGUGUGAGGGAACUGGAAGAGUACCCCGAGUUACUGGGCACCGCGGAGCAGAGUCUGGCGGAGUGCCAGGACAACCUGAGGCGCUCGGAGAAGAGAUGUGCAGACAAGGCAGAGGCCAUUAGACAACUGCAGGUUAAGGUGGAGAGACAGGGGGAGAAGACGAGGUCGUCGAUGGACAUGAAGGAGUCUAUCCACGAGGCCAACUCACAGCUACGGCAAAAAUGGGAGGCUCUUCAAAGGCAGAUGGAGGAGCUUCAUGGGGAGAACCAGGAGCUGGUCCGUAGGCUGGCAGGGCAGGAGGAGUCGCUACACUACAGCAGCAGGCAGCUAGAACAGCGCUCAGCAGACUGCCAGGCUCUCAACAGACAACUGGAGGCAGCAGUGGCCGAUGUCAGGCAACAGGUUUCCAAAGUCAAAGACAAAGCCGUCUCCAGAGAAAGUUCCCUUCAGACCAGAAUCCUGGAGCUGGAGGCUGAGAAGAGCAGAAGAGAAAAUGAGCUGAAACAUAUGAAACAAAGCAAGCAGUCAGCUGAGAAGCAAUUUGAGGUGCGUCUAAAGGACCUGCAGCUCAGCCUGGACCAGUCAAAAAGCCACAAACAGAGCAUUCAGAACUACGUAGACUUCCUCAAAAACUCUUACGCCACCAUGUUUGACGAGGGACUACCACAGGCACCGUCUAGUUUUGGAUCAUCCUGCUUUUUAAAAUGAUGAUUACUCCGGUAUGUGUGUUUGUGGUGUGUAAUGUGUAUUGUUGGUACAAUCAUGUACAAUAUAUGAGCAUUAUUUAAGAAUAAUGUGUUUGAGAAGCAAUGAAUCGGCACAUAUACAUUUUAUGUUCGAUAAAGUCCAUGUAAAUGUUUAUAUAGAUCAGCUAAUACUUUUUUUUUGUCCAUUUAUAAAUAGAAUUUCAAUCAAGUUUAUAAUGGCAUAUUGUACAGACCGUUUUCAUCACAGAAUCCAAUUACAGAACCGCCACAGCCAAUGUGUUUUUCUCUAGUCUUAAGUUUGUAUAUCACUCUUCGUGCUGUGCAGGAUGUGGGAGCCUCUGAGAGCCAGUUUCAUGUUCUGUUUGGGAUCUCACUGUAUCCAGGGUUUUGCUCAGGAGUUGUCUGUCAACACUUUGCAUAACAUUAGGAGGAGAGGAAACAAUCUGAUGUAAUGCCAACAUCUGAAAACAAGGUACAGUUGCUUCAGUUGUCAGGCCUGGUUUCAUCACAGGAUCUCCAGAUAUCCAAUAUAGAACCAACAAACAGUCUUGGUUAUAGUACCAGUCAAAGUUUGGACACACCUACUCAUUCAAGGGUUUUUCAUUACUUUUACUAUUUUCUACAUUGUAGAAUAAUAGGGAAGACAUCAAAAUUAUGAAAUAGCACAUAUGGAAUCAUGUAGUAACCAAAAAAGUGUUAAACAAAUCAAAAUACACUGCUCAAAAAAAUAAAGGGAACACUAAAAUAACACAUCCUAGAUCUGAAUGAAUUAAAUAUUCUUAUUAAAUACUUUUUUCAUUACAUAGUUAAAUGUGCUGACAACAAAAUCACACAAAUUAUCAAUGGAAAUCAAAUUUAUCAACCCAUGGAGGUCUGGAUUUGGAGUCACUCAAAAUUAAAGUGGAAAACCACACUACAGGCUGUUCCAACUUUGAUGUAAUGUCCUUAAAACAAGUCAGAAUGAGGCUCAGUAGUGUGUGUGGCCUCCACGUGCCUGUAUGACCUCCCUACAAUGCCUGGGCAUGCUCCUGAUGAGGUGGUGGAUGGUCUCCUGAGGGAUCUCCUCCCAGACCUGGACUAAAGCAUCCGCCAACUCCUGGACAGUCUGUGGUGCAACGUGGCGUUGGUGGAUGGAGCGAGACAUGAUGUCCCAGAUGUGCUCAAUUGGAUUCAGGUCUGGGGAACGGGCGGGCCAGUCUAUAGCAUCCCUGCCUUCCUCUUGCAGGAACUGCUGACACACUCCAGCCACAUGAGGUCUAGCAUUGUCUUGCAUUAGGAGGAACCCAGGGCCACCCGCACCAGCAUAUGGUCUCAAGGGGUCUGAGGAUCUCAUCUCGGUACCUAAUGGCAGUCAGGCUACCUCUGGCGACCCUCAUGGAGUCUGUUUCUGACCGUUUGAGCAGACACAUGCACAUUUGUGGCCUGCUGGAGGUCAUUUUGCAGGGCUCUGGUAGUGCUCCUCCUGCUCCUCCUUGCACAAAGGCGGAGGUAGCGGUCCUGCUGCUGGGUUGUUGCCCUCCUAUGGCCACCUCCACAUCUCCUGAUGUACUGGCCUGUCUCCUGGUAGCGCCUCCAUGCUCUGGACACUACGCUGACAGACACAGCAAACCUUCUUUCCACAGCUCGCAUUGAUGUUCCGUCCUGGAUGAGCUGCACUACCUGAGCCACUUGUGUGCGUUGUAGACUGCGUCUCAUGCUACCACUAGAGUGAAAGCACCGCCAGCAUUCAAAAGUGACCAAAACAUCAGCCAGGAAGCAUAGGAACUGAGAAGUGGUCUGUGGUCACCACCUGCAGAACCACUCCUUAAUUGGGGGUGUCUUGCUAAUUGCCUAUAAUUUCCACCUGUUGUCUAUUCCAUUUGCACAACAGCAUGUGAAAUUUAUUGUCAAUCAGGGUUGCUUCCUAAGUGGACAAACGUGUGAUUGACUUGGAGUUACAUUGUUAAGUGUUCCCUUUAUUUUUUUGAGCAGUGUAUAUUUUAUAUUUGAGAUUCUUUAAAGUAGCUACCCUUUGCCUUAAUGACCGCUUUGCACACUCUUGGAAUUCUCUCAACCAGCUUCACGAGGUAGUCACCUGGAAUGCAUUUCAAUUAGCAGGUGGGCCUUAACUUAAUUUGUGGAAUUUAUUUUCUUAAUGCGUUUGAGCCAAUCAGUUGUGGUGUGCCAAGAUAGGGGUGGUAUACAGAACAGCCUUAUUUGGUAAAAGGCCAAGUCCAUAUUAUGGCAAGAACAACUCAAAUAAGCAAAGAGAAACUACUGUCCAUCAUUACUUUAAGACAUGAAGGUCAGUCAGUAUGGAAAAUGACAAGACUUUGAAUGUGCAAUCGCAAAAACCAAGCGCUAUGACGAAACUGGCUCUCAUGAGAACGGCCACAGGGAAGGAAAACCCAGAGUUACCUCUGCUACAGAGGAUAAGUUCAUUAGAGUUAACUGCACCUCAGAUUGCAGCCCAAAUAAAUGCUUCAGAGUUCAAGUAACAGACACAUCGCAACAUCAACUGUUCGGAGGAGACUGCAGGUAUCAGGCCUUCAUAGUCGAAUUGCUGCAAACUACUACUAAAUGACACCAAUAAGAGGUGACUUGCUUGGGCCAAGAAACACGAGCAAUGGACAUUAGACUGGUGGAAAUCUGUCCUUUGGUCUGAGUCCAAAUUUGGACUCAGACCAAAUCUGAGAUUUUUGGUUCCAACCUCUGUGUCUUUGUGAGACGCAGAGUAGUUGAACGGAUAAUCUCUGCAUGUGUGGUUUCGACGGUGAAGCAUGGAGGAGGAGGUGUGAUGGUGUUGGGGUGAUUUGCUGGUGACACUGAUUUAUUUAGAAUUCAAGGCACACUUAACCAGCAUGGCUACCACAGCAUUCAGCAGCAAUACGCCAUCCCAUCUGGUUUGCGGAUAGUGGGACUAUCAUUUUUUUCAACAGAACAAUGACCCAACACACACCCAGGCUGUGUAAGGGCUAUUUGGCCAAGAAGGAGAAUGAUUGCGUCCGAGUGCUGCAUCAGAUGACCUGGCCUCCACAAUCACCCGACCUCAACCCAAUUGAAAUUGUUUGGGAUGAGUUGGACUGCAGAGUGAAGGAAAAGCAGCUAACAAGUGCUCAGCAUAUGUGGGAACUCCUUCAAGACUGUUGGAAAAUCAUUCCAGGUGAAGCUGGUUGAGAGAAUGCCAAGAGUUUGAAAAGCUGUCAUCAAGGCAAAGGGUGGCUACUUUGAAGAAUCUCAAAUAUAUGAACACCUUUUUUGGAUACUACAUGAUUCCAUAUGUGUUAUUUAAUAGUUCUGAUGUCUUCACUAUUAUUUUACAAUGUAGAAAUAGUGAAAAUAAAGAAAAACCCUUGAAUAAGUAGGUGUAUCCAAACUUUUGACUGGUACUGUAUGUAAAAGACAAUAAAUUUAAAAAAAAAUUAAAAAAGUAGCUGCAACGUGAACCACAGGAUGCUUCUUUACUUCCCCUCUUGGCCUCUUUCUGUUUCACUUUUGAUGUGUUGAGUUGUAGAGGUUUUUGGGGUAUACUGAAAGGCUUCCAGUCUAAAUAACUUGCACUCAACUAGACUGGCCUACCAACAGGAACCUUGGCACAUCUCAUUGCUUUGUUACAUAAGCUUGACUUGACAUGUGUGAUGACAUCCAGGAACAUUUGUUCCUCCUUGUGAGAGUCAGAGAUGGACAGUGUCAUUCCCAUUGGGCCUAAUCACUAAUUACUGUUGUCCAGUGUUGCCUUUCACUGAUUAUUAGAUAGCCAUACAUUCUUUGUUAGGGUGUAUUAGCUGGAAGUCGUAAGUUGGACCAAAGAGUGUGAUGAUGACUUCAUUCUAUUUGUCUUUGCCAUUCAUCGUUAAAGGCACAGAUCCAGGAUUUCUAAAUUACAGCCAGAGACUGGAGAGGCUGUAAUUUAGACGUUUCUAACCUCUCUUUUACAGCAUUCACAGAAGAGAAGGUUUUGUGGUGGGAAUAGGAAACACGUCAAUGCUUACGCCUUGACCAUGAAGAGAAGAAAAACUGCAAUUGAUUAGUUGUACAGAAUACUCAGUGUACUGGGCCACCGUUUGGUUAUGUCAUGAUUAUGGGACUGUUAAGUGUUGGUUUGAGUCAUCAUCCUGCCUGGAUUUGUCUGGCGGUGAGUUGAUAUUAUGUAAACUCAUUAAACCCUAGGGUAUAGGGAAGAGGCUAAUAAUGUCAGUCAAGUUCUCUGCCUCACAGGGUUGGGGUCAGUUCCAUUUCAAUUUUGGAAAUAAAUAUCAAAUUCCAAUUUG